UGGUGGCUGUGACGAAACAAAAUGGACAUCUGCUCCAACAACGUCCUCUGACAUCACUCAUCUGCAAAUUCGACCCGCUGAUGGCGCUCGAAAGAAGGAAAAAAAAAUCCAAAUAAAAUAAAGCUAGUCCCCUUCAGCGCCAAUGCUUUCUAUCCGUCCAAAGGAUGCCGAGGCUGCAUCACGCGCCGUCGUAUUGAGGUCAUAGGCAAGCGUUGCCAUGGCGACCCGCUCUCGCUCUGGAGGAGGACACUGCGGCGCGUGCCCCGCGCCGCGGGGGCGUGCCGGCGAAGACGCGCACGUCACGGGGGCGCGCGCCGAGGCGGCUCACCUCAGCGGCAGACGAGCAGAGACCGCGAGUUGCCCACGGAAACUGCACCGGAUUCUUUUUUUUUUUUGGGAGCCUUUUGGCGUUUGGUUUGAGGAAUUCGCCGCGACAACGACGCGGAGGACGAGCGAAGCCGAGUUGCAAUCACAGGUGACUGCUCGGCGAUGUGGUAUCCGCAGACUCGUCCACGCCGCUCGGAGGUUCUGGUGUUGCUCGGCCGGGCCUCGAAUCGCACUCGAUGUGGACCCAGCUGCUAGGCGGUGAAACCAUGAGCGAAUGUGCUGCCGUCUUGCUGGAGACGACGGCGGCCGAGCGCGCACGGAUGCGGUUUGAGCUGCUGUAGAGCCUCCUGCUGAUUAUCCCUCCGCCACGCCGCCGUUUUUUUUUUUUUUUUUUAAAGACGCAUUUUAAUGUUUGCAUGUGGGUUCAGUCUCCGUUGCCAUUAGCCCACUUUGACUCUCGAAGGGAGGGACUGCUGUUGUCAGUUAGUUUUUAUUUUAUUUUUUUAAUUUCGAUUUUUUUUUUGGAAUCAUCUUUAUAGACUCUGUUGCUUGAAUGGGCUUUUUGGCAAGCGAAGGACACAAUCCGAGGAGAUAAGAAAGGACAUCAGUGGGAACCUGGCUCUCCACCAGCACCUGGGGACCCCAAAUUAACAGGUGCAGACGUCGAUGAAAUCACCGGGACGGGACCUAGAGGGAUGGAACGUAACAGAACCGUGGCUGGGGAAGCGAUUGGGACAGCCUUGGCUCGUAUUCAGCACUGACCUGGCACCCCCGCGGAGGCCUGCCCUGCGAAUCCCCGCUCAUUGUUUUCGUCAGUCACCUUUGGACUCCGACUUUUUGCUUAUUCUGUAAGCAGCCAUGCACCUCUUUCGACGUGCAAGUGAACGAAAAAGACAAACCUCCCUCAUGGCAGACUGGUGCGUGCCGCUGGGCCUCGCCCUUCUCUUAAACGUGGCCUGCGGUCAAAAAGUGGAGCCCUCCAAGCAACCUGUAGUCACUACCAACUACGGCAAGCUCCGAGGAAUCAAGAAGGACCUGAACAACGAGAUCCUGGGGCCGGUGGAGCAGUACCUGGGCGUGCCCUACGCCACGGCGCCCAUUGGCGACCGCCGCUUUCAGCCGCCCGAAGCCCCGGGCUCGUGGCAGGAGGUCCGCAACGCCACCCAGUUUGCCCCCGUGUGCCCCCAAAACGUGCACGGGGUGCUGCCUGAGAUCAUGCUGCCUGUGUGGUUCACCGACAACCUGGACGUCGCGGCCGGCUACAUCCAGAACCAGAGCGAGGACUGCCUCUAUCUCAACGUCUACGUGCCCACGGAGGAUGAUAUUCGCGACCGCCGGAAGAAGCCUGUGAUGCUGUUCAUUCACGGAGGCUCGUACAUGGAAGGCACUGGCAAUAUGUUUGACGCCAGCGUCCUCGCCGCCUACGGCAACGUCAUCGUGGUGACCAUGAAUUAUCGUCUCGGUGUGCUGGGUUUUCUCAGCACAGGUGACCAGUCGGCCAAGGGCAACUACGGCCUCCUGGACCAGAUUCAGGCGCUGCGCUGGCUCAACGAGAACAUCGGUCACUUCGGCGGCGACCCAGAGAGGAUCACCAUUUUUGGAUCGGGAGCUGGGGCAUCCUGUGUCAACCUCCUCAUCCUCUCACACCACUCGGAGGGUCUCUUCCACAGGGCCAUUGCCCAAAGUGGAACGGCCAUCUCCAGCUGGUCUGUUAACUACCAGCCCCUGAAGUACACCAAGAUCCUGGCUCGCAAGGUGGGCUGCACAUACACCGAGACGGCUGACCUGGUGGACUGCCUGAGGCGCAAGAACUUCAGGGAGCUCGUGGACCAGGACAUUCAACCGGCUCGCUACCACAUCGCCUUCGGCCCCGUGGUCGACGGAGAUGUGGUGCCUGACGAUCCCGAGAUCCUCAUGCAGCAGGGGGAGUUCCUGAACUACGACAUGCUGAUUGGCGUCAAUCAAGGAGAGGGGCUGAAGUUUGUCGACGAUAGCGAGGACAAUGACGGCAUCUCAGCGGCGGCGUUUGACUACACCAUCUCCAACUUUGUCGACAACCUCUACGGAUACCCCGAGGGCAAAGACAUCCUGAGGGAGACCAUUAAGUUCAUGUACACAGACUGGGCAGACAGGGACAACGGCGACAUGCGGCGCAAGACCUUACUGGCGCUGUUUACAGACCACCAGUGGGUGGCGCCGGCGGUGGCCACCGCCAAGCUCCACGCCGAGUUCCAGUCGCCCGUUUACUUUUACACUUUCUACCACCACUGCCAGACGGAGACGCGGCCCGAGUGGGCCGACGCCGCCCACGGAGACGAGAUCCCGUAUGUUUUCGGGGUGCCCAUGAUCGGCGCCACCGACUUGUUCCCGUGCAACUUCUCCAAGAAUGAUGUGAUGCUCAGCGCUGUCGUCAUGACUUACUGGACCAACUUUGCCAAGACCGGGGAUCCCAACUUGCCAGUCCCCCAGGACACCAAAUUCAUCCACACCAAGCCCAAUCGCUUUGAAGAAGUCAUCUGGACUAAGUUCAACUCCAAGGACAAGCAGUACCUCCACAUUGGCUUGAAACCUCGCGUCAGAGACAACUACAGGGCCAACAAGGUGGCCUUCUGGUUGGAGUUGGUCCCCCAUCUCCACAAUCUGCACGAUGAGCUCUUUUCAACCACCACUCGCUCACCCCCCGGCCCGGGCCCCGGCACCCCCAGAACCAGAACUACAGGCCCGCGCACCACCCAUCGCCCCUACCCUACCUUCUCGUACGACCCGGAGCCCGACGGUUCGGAGCGUCCGCCUCCCGUCCUUUUCCCCGGCGACACCCGCGACUACUCCACGGAGCUGAGCGUGACGGUGGCCGUGGGGGCGUCCCUCCUCUUUCUCAACAUCCUGGCCUUCGCCGCCCUCUACUACAAGCGCGACAAGAGGCACGAGAUGCGACGCCACCGGCUCUCUCCCCAGCGGGGCGGCCCCGCCAAUGACCUGGCGCACAGCCAGGAGGAGGAGAUCAUGUCCCUGCAGAUGAAGCAUUCCGAGCACGACGCUCACCACGACAUGGAGCCCCUGCGGCCCCACGACAUCCUGCGGCCCGCCUGCCCGCCCGACUACACGCUGGCGCUGCGCCGGGCCCCGGACGACGUGCCUCUGAUGACGCCCAACACCAUCACCAUGAUCCCCAGCACCAUCACGAGCAUGCAGCCCCUUCAUGCCUUUAAUACCUUCCCAACCACCGGCCACAACAACACUCUGCCCCACCCCCACUCCACCACCAGAGUAUAGUUGGGGCUGAGCCAACACUCGCAGCACCAUCUAAGGACCAGGAAGAGCGGUUGUGCUUCUGACAACCUGCAAGGGCGACGACCUCUGGAAUCUGUGGUUUUCGGUGACUCUCCGAGAACAUCUCCGCCACUUCCGUAUUGUGCGGCCAAGCUCAAGAGAAGAGUCGGCAUCGCAACCAAACUGUGCGUUUUUGAGAGAAACAGCUCUUCUCAAAAGUGCUGGGAUGCUUGUUUGUUUGUUUUUUUUUCCGAGCAGCCCCUUGCCAUUUCUUGAAGGGGAACUCUCGCCUUUUCUUUGUCUUUAAUUAUUCCAAGUAUAGUGGUGUCGCCUACUGUUUCAUUCCCCUUCUGUGUCAUUCUCUUUUCUACAUCUGUCUCCGAACCCUGCUUUUUCCCUCGCCCGUUUUCCAGUGUUUGUAAAGGGGGUGGGGGGUCGGCUCUGAAAAGUUAUCUUCUAUCUUAUACUUUCAUUCAACCAGCAUUCUCGGUGCCAAGUUCGAUGUUUGCAUUCUCAUGACGGGCAAAAAAAAAAAAAAAGAAAAGACGAUAUUUAUUGUCCACUAACAAAUGUGUUCUCAUGACAAAGUGCCAAAGUGGCCCUCGAUUGUGCUUUUUCAUUUCUUUCACUGCUUGUCUCUUGUUCAGUUGUUGUUGUUGUUUUUUUUUUUUUUAAUGUGCAACAGCAGUUUGUUUUGUUGAAAAUAUAGUUAUAGAGAAAGUAUAUCUAAAAAUAUAUAGUUGUAUAUGUGUACAAAGGAGAAAGUCUAUAUAAUUGGGUAUUUUGCGGUAGGGGAUCUAUGCAUGAAUUCUUUUCAAAGGAGGCUCAUUGGGGGUUGGGGGUGGUGGGGGGGGGCACUGUUGUCACACAUUUUCCCCAAUCCGACAAAAAAUCGCUUCACCUCCCUGCAUCAGUUCAGAAAAAAAAAAAAACAGACAACACGCGAGCGCCAUCUUCAUCUCACUCAUCUCCCAUGUGGAUAUUUGGGCAACCUUCUGUUGUUGUGACGCCAGCGAUAGCAAGCCUCUGCUUUCUGGCCAUCUGCGCAGCGCUUUCACAAGUUACCAAAAGCUGUACUUGUGUCUCAUUUUUCCAUCCCGCACGUCCAUGGUUUGCUUCAAGCGUGUUAGGUCCAAUGCAAAGAGUGUGCAUCAUAUCAUCGUGUGCGUGCGUGCGUGUCUCUUUUCAUGAUAAUUCGACUCUUCUAUUUCUAAUCCUGUCGUUCAAAGGUAAAGUAAGACCUGAAAUGGCCACUCUAAGCACACAGGCGGGUUGACCGGCGGAGAGUUACGGUACGUGGGACCCUCAAAACAGCAACAUGUGAAGCUGUCCACGAUUGUGACGUUUUUUUUUUUUUUUUGUUUGUUUGUUUCUGUCACCGGUGCUGUCGUUGCUUGUGUGCUAGCUUUUAGCCUGUUUCUUUGAUUUUUUUUUUUUUUUUUUUUCUUGGUUGUAUUCCGAUCCAAGUGAGGGGGCAAAGGUGCCGGAGGCCAUCGCCUCACUGAGCGCUCAAUCUGAGAGUUUUGCAAAGCGAGACACCUGCACAAUGUAUUAGACAAAAAGAAAAAAAAAAAGAGACUUUGGAGAAAGCCUUAAAUCAUAAAGGGGACACGUUGAGCUGACAUUUCGAGGCAUGGCCAGCUUUGUAUCUUCUCUGUUUGCCAAGAUGAAACUUUUGCAUUUCUGUCCUUUGGAGGAUUCCCGAUCCACGCUUUUGUACCCCAUUGUGAGGUCAAAGUCAGUGAGUGGCGGGUGGGUGUCAUGAGGUGAAGGGACCGUGACACCACCUGAAGCAGAUUACCGCAAGCACUGCGCGCUAGGCUGUCCUUCUUUCUUGUCUAUUUUAUAAACUGCCACUGGAAGAUGACUUGCAGUGCGCAACGAGGAUGCGAGAUGGCUGAAGGACUUCCACAGACACACACCAACGUGCAAACAAAUCAAAAGUGUACAUUUUUAUGUGUAAGAAUCAACCAGAUAAAAUAUUUGUAAAUAUUAAGUUUCUUGAUAGUUUUUCCUUUUCCUUUUUUUUUUGGGGGGGGGGGGGGGGGGGGGGUUAAACGAAAUGCCCAAAUUUUGUGACGACUUAUGACAACAGGUGCAGUUUGCAAAGAAAGGGUGGCCAAUGCUAAUUUUAUUUUUGUCUUGUCCUUAUCCCACUUACGACUGUGGACAUUCUGUAGCAAUGAGACACUGUAGCAGAAAUACAUCAUGCUGGUUUUCAAAUAAAUGCGACUCUGAAUUACAAAAAAAAAAUAAUAAUAAUAAUCAUAAUAAUCUCAUUUUGUGCCAGCAAUGUAAUUGCCACUCACAUAUUUUCAUUCUUUCACUUUAAAAGUACACCUUGUUAUUUAAGCAUACGUGACGAGCUGAGUUCUGCAUAGAUGUUCAAGUCAAAGUUAGCCAUGCUUUUGUGCGCCACAAAAUGGGAGGUGAAGGGAAGCCGCCAUUGAUCCAUGGUGAGACGAGGCCCUCGAUUAGCUCACUUCACAUGUAAUCAAUCAUGUUUACAUGAAGCCACUUCAAUGUGGGUCUGACAUGAGGGCUUUGAUACCAUAAGAUGCCUCGCACACACACAAGAAUAAGAUCUUACAGUUAUUCCGAUACUGUCCGCACACUGUGUUGCCUGUUAUGUUUAUUCUGAUGGGAGGAGUCAAACAAGGUCAUUUGUUUGAAGUCAGUGGCACAUGCAAGCACACAAUAGCAAACACACAGAUGCGCGUGAACUUCGUGCUAGGAUUCCGAAGCAAAGAUGCACCUGUUGUCUCCUUUUUUUUUUGUUUUUUUUUUUCCGAAAUGAAAACCCAAGACUUAAGAAAAAAAUUGUUCCAGAGGGGAAUUUUGAGGGGAAAAAAAGGUGCUAAAAGAGUAGAGAAAAAUUAUUAAGGUGAUGAUCUUUCUGUUUACUUUUGAAGUUAUGAUCCACUGUAUGCUGUGAUUACUGAUCUGGGAACAUUAAAGACAUUCAUAGCCA